CUCCAUUUUGGAAAAACAGCUGUUUGAAGACACAACCUUUUUUUUUUCUUCUUCUUCUUCUUCUCCUCCGCGUUCUUUGCGGACAGAACCCGGAGAGAAACGCUGUGAUACCCGCGGUGUGCGCGUGUUUUUCACGCUCUCCUCUCUCGGAUUCGGCUCCUCGGUCCGGAUCGCUUGCUUCGUAUUUUUCUUUCUUUUUUUUGUCCGACCGCCAGGAAACUUAACUGGGGGAGAAUCCAUGGUGCUCCAUCUCCAUUGUAACAAGUGGAUAUCAGGAGGCGACCCGACCAAGGUGUAAUGAGAGCACUGGUCAUGGACAGAUGAUGGACGUGGAGACGUCGUACUCGGACUUCAUCAACUGUGAUCGCACAGGCCGCAGGAACGCUGUACCCGACCUCGCGGGGAAAGGGGAGGGGGAAGGAGCGGCCAGCACCAGUGAACUCACCAAAGACCUGGCAGGGAUGGACCUGAAGGCUGCAGAAGGAGACCCGGGGGCCUCUCCGGCCCCGGAGGCCGAGGGCUCCACCAGCCAAGAAACCCAGGGAGGUGGAGGUCCAUCCUAAACUCCGCCUGAGACCAAAGGGAGUGAAGAGCAGAGAGGAAGCUAGCGAACGUGGAGAGACAUGGAGGAAGGAUAGAGUGUGUGUAUUGGUCGUCCCGACCGGAGACGAGGACACUUAUGCGCUCGCCGCCGGCAUGUUUGGAGCAUCGGCGGCCCAAAUGUUUCGCCUUUUCAUUGGCUCAGAUUGUAACGUGCGGAGCAGAACUGACCAUUGAGAUGUUGCUCUUGUGCUCCAGGAAGCACAGGAACUCUGGAGUCAUGUCUGCGGAGAUGAACUGAGCUGAACAGAAUUCAUUUACAACACUCACAAACAUUGUUCCGGCCUCGCGUGGGACCGCGUCUCGCAGGGCGUAUUCAUAAUCAUCCGUUUGUCUCUUUCUUUCUGUGUACGCUCGCGCGUUUGUGACGCUCUUGUCCUCGUCAUUUUUUUUUGUUUAGUAACAAGACAUAGUCGCCAUUAUGCUGUCGUGUACGGACUUCAUAUUUAUUGCUUAAUGUUCAGUGAUAACCUUUGUGAUAGCCAAUUUCUUUAUGUAAUAAAAUACUUAUGAAUUACUGUCA